CGGACCUUCGCCUUAAGUUUCGCUUCUAGCUGAAACGGUCCUGCGUGACGCGGCGGCGCUGCGGGUCCUGAUGCAGUUCUGAGGCAGCAUGCUGGCGUGGGGAGAGGACUGCCGGCGCGGCUUCCGGCUGAUGGACAGCGGCGACGAUGGAGUUCAGCUUCUCCACGUCUCCUUCCACAUCGCCGAUCUGUCUGCGGGCCGUGGCGCGCUGGCCUUCGCCAAAACCAAUGGGAACGCGUUUGUCAUGCGCACCAGUGACGGCGAAAACGGAGCCAGAAUGCGGGGCAAGCAGAAGUUUGUGAAGUGUAAGGAGAAGAUUGAAGCAGUGGGCUGUGGAGAUGAUGAGGUCAUUCUGCUCUCUGAGAAGGGCUCAGUUUACCGCGUUGACGUCACUCAAGCUCUUUACCUGCCCAGGAUGCUGGAGGCCUUCUGCAGGAUCCCGGUUUCUCAGGUUGCUUGUGGGAGUCGGCACACAGUUGCUCUGACCAAAGAGGGUCAGGUGUACACAUGGGGCCAGAACUCCAGGGGCCAGCUGGGUCUGGGGAAGAAAGGAUGCAGCAUCAGUUCACCCCAAUGCGUCAGGUCUCUGUCCGGCAUGCCUCUGGUUCAGGUCUCUGCUGGAGGGGACCACAGCUUUGCCCUCUCUGUGUCUGGAAGUGUGUUCGGCUGGGGGAGAAACGACUGUGGACAGCUCGGACUGGGAGACAGUCAAGACAGAUGUACACCGACCUCUGUUGACAGUUUGAACCUGAAGAAAACCACCAGCAUUUCUUGUGGUAAAGACCACACCGCCAUUCUGACAAAGCAUGGCACCGUGUUCACGUUUGGCUCUGGGCAGUUUGGACAGCUCGGACACAACUCCUCACGGAACGAACUCCGGCCUCGGCUCGUCGCAGAGCUCUGGGGGGCAAAAGUCACCAGGAUUGCAUGUGGAAGAUACCACACCUUGGUCUUACAAGAAAACAAUAAGAUCUACUCCUUUGGUUGCAAUGACCAAAAUCAGCUGGGACGCAGCAAUGACAGUCAUCCAUCAGUUCCUCUGCCUGUUCUGUUGCCUCAGGACAUUGGCGGCACCAAAAUUAGAACAAUCUUUGCUGGAGAAAAUUGUUCUUUUGCACCAUUAACAACAGAUGAGAAAUUUCACAGAGAUUCAAAUUGUGACAACGCCAACAAUAAAGCUCAGCUUUGCCUUGAAAACAUGGUCAAAAGGUGGACAUCUGAAUCAGAUAUGAAGACAUGGAAAAAGACCAAACAGGAAAUCCAAAGAACUUUUUCUUCGGCAUCCUGUUUAAACAGAAGCUUCCUGGAGAAAAAAGAUAAAUAUUUCCAAACUUCACCAAAGUAUCACGGACUGGACUUGAAACGAGCACAACUCUCUUUCAAGAAACUAGUAAAGAAGAAGAAUGUGUGGGAAGAGGUUGAGGCUGCUCUGCUGCGUUUGCUCCCUCUGCUUGACAAGAAUCCAGUCGGGGUGGAGGGUCUGAGAAUCUACCUGCUUCUCAACGAGCUCCUGCGAGCGACCCAGACACAAAAUCCACAACAGAGCACAAAGCUGGCAGAGGUGGUUGCUGCCGCUGUGACACGGUUGUCAGGGAAAAACCUCCAGGUCAUAGGGGACUGGUGGUCCUCACUGAUGCCCUCCAGGAGGGUUAGACAUGUUAACGUGUGGAAGAAAGCUGUCUCUGCAAUGUUGUCAUCAGAGGAUGGUUCUCACACUCCUGCAGUGAGAAACCUGCUUCUUGUCCUUCAGUAUAUGUAUAAUGUCAACAGCAGGGUUGCAGAGUGUCAGAGGCUGCCAGACAGCGUUUUUUGUUUGAAACUCAGUGAAGCUUUUCUUGACGAGGAUGGAAUUCGCUGGUAUUUGAGGUCACAUGGCGAGAUCAUGAUGUCUGAGCCUCGUGUCCUUCCAAACUUUUCCUUUGUGAUGGAUCUGAAAGCCAAGAUGCUGAUUUUUCAGAAAAUGUGUGAUGCCACAAAGGUUGAGAAAGCAUUGGGUGAUCUUAGUUCUCUUUUAUGGAGCUACAUGUGGGACACACAAAAUAACCUACCGGGAUUGAUGCUGGAUUUGAGGAGAGCAUCAGUUCUGGAAGACACAUUUGAGCAACUGGCUGCUACCCAACAAGAGGACUACAAGAAGUCACUUGUGGUCAUUUUUGAUGACAAUCCUGUGUUCGACGAGGUGUACAUAAAAGACUUCUUUUACGAAGUCUUUCAUGAGAUAGUGUCACCUGAAUAUGGGAUGUUCAUGUUCAAUGACUCUAAAACGCUGGCAUGGUUCCCUUCAAAAGCACAACAAGAGGACCAACGUUUCUUCCUGUUUGGAGUCUUGUGUGGGUUGGCUUUGUACAACCAGGUCAUCAUUUUCUUACCCUUCCCACUGGUACUGUUCAAGAAACUGCUCGGAGUAACUCCUUCACUGGAAGAUUUGAGAGAAUUCAGCCCAAGUGAAUACAAGACUCUGCAUUGCAUUCUCUAUGAAUACACAGAUGAUGUCCUAGAAAACCUCUUCAUUGACUUUCAGAUCACUUGGGAUAAAACCUGCAUUGACCUUGACCCUGCUUUCCCUGAGAAGCCAGUAACAGGUCAAAACAAAAAGGAGUUUGUGGAUGCCUAUGUGAAUUAUGCCUUCAACACAUCAGUGAAAAGAAUUUUUCAGGAGUUUGCACGAGGCUUCUUCAAAGUUUGUGAUCGGGAACUGGUGAAACUUUUCCGACCAGAGGAACUGCACAGGGCGCUGGUGGGAAAUGACUUCCAUGAAUGGGAAAAGCUGAAACAGAACACCUUGUAUGACGGGGGUUACAACCCCAGCCACACCAAUAUUUUGAUGUUUUGGGAGGUCUUUGACGAAUUGUCGGAGAAUCAGAAAAUGGCUUUUGUCUGGUUUGUGACAGGAUAUGAGCGUUUGCCCAUUUCAGCUUUGGAGAAAAUCACAAUCUCCACAAAGAAGAUUAGUGAGGAUUUUGGGGACCGGUACUACCCAGAGUCAGAGACUUGUUUUAGGCUUCUGGUGCUGCCUUUAUACUCAUCGAAGGAGAUCAUGACAGAGAAACUGGUGGAAGCGCUAAGCAGCAACAGAAAAAUCAGUCAGUGCUGAACCCUGUUUCCAGAGUCCUGUGAAGGUGUGAAGUACAUGAGGGUUUAUAGGUGUGAAGGAGGAGAAUGCAGAAAAUGACACGAAAGGCAAAGAAGAAUUUGUUUUGUUUUUAUGUUUUCAUUACCCUUUAACGACCCAACCGAGACAAAAUCAGUUUUUUUCUGCUGCUUAUUGCCUUUGGGGAUUAUUAAAAACAAUCAAUGUUUUUUAUGUAAUCAUAAAAUAUAGAUAUAUAAUGUGCACUAUUGUUUGGUUGAACACACCAUUAGAGGGUCGUCUGAUUUUUUUUGGUUCUAUUCUUUUCUUUGUGGAAUGUUCAUACAGUGACGUUUUGGUCAUUUUCCACCCCCUGCAGAUAUGAUCUUCCUCUGUUUGUGCAUUUUUACAUCCAUGUUAGUUUCCAAAUUUUUCUCUCACUUGUCAUGUUAUAUCUUGUGAUUUUCUUUCAUUUCUAUUUCAAAUAAUGAAUAAAUCUGUACAACACA